AUGUACUGCAUGCGAUACUUUAUUCCAUUACUACUCUUGCCAUUUCCCGAUGCACCGCCUGUCUUUGUCAUCUUGUUUCUUGUCUCUUUCUUUUUACACCAAAAGCCAUGCAUUUAUUGUACACUCUUGUUGAUUGCACUAUUCUCUUCUACAUGCUACUGGGGACAAGGACGGUGUUGGAUCGAUUUACAUCAAUCACAUAUAUUUGACGUACGCAAGGACUCUAACGCAACGUUUGGCCCUGGAGAUGGAUGGUGGAACUGGAAAGUGACCUUACCUAUUGGUCAAGUGAGUUCAUAA